GGUCUUGGCGAAUCUUGGCGAUCCGAUCCGGAGCCCCAUGGCGAAAGCCAUUGCACUGUUUGCACAGCACAGCAUGCCCUGCGCUUCCAGGCGUAUGGUAUGGCAGUCGACUUAAGGUUGUGCCACACUUGACCAAUAUAGCACAGUGCUCAUGGUGGAGAACGCCCAAGGCAUCACCGAGCCGGCCUGACGCGACAGAUACCCGCAACGCUCGACUUGCCGAAACGCAUUCAGCAGCUAACUAGCUGAUCGUUGAGCUGAAUCUGCGUUAGAAGCCAUGGAUACGGGCCAAGGGGGCGCGCUUUUGCGCAGCUGCAGCCGCUGGUCAGCCCCUAAGUAAAUCGUAGCCAGAACACAGUACACUAUUAAAGACAAAGCAAUAUAUCGCGCAUAUAUAGGCAGUGGCAAGGCUGGGCUACGGCAAGCAUGUAUCGCUGGCCGAAGAGCGAAGAGGGGGGGACUGUCUUGCCGACCCGCCGUUUGGGCUCGACCGUGCUUUCCGCAGCGGCGCUACGCGAGUUGGGCAUAAAGCACCGCGCGCAGGCGAGGGCAGCGGCCCGGGCGCAGGCGUUCGCCGAGCAGGCGCGCGGGCGCAUCGUCAGCGCUGUUGGCCCGGAGCUGAUGCCGGCGGUCGCCAAGGCGCAGGAGCUGCCGCGGGGCGGCAGUGUGGUACUGGUGCCUGGACGGGAGGAGGAGGCGAGAGAGAUGCGCGAGCGCUCGGCCGUGUGUGCAAACGCGGUGAGGGUGGCGGGCGUACAGUCGUACACGGAGGCGACGGCGCUGCUGCAGACCCUGGACAAGGCGCACAUCCUCGACAUGUCGCCGGCGCAGCGCAUGUGCGUGCCGCUGGCGGUGCUGGCCGCCUGCGCGGCAGCGACGGCGGGCGAGGUUGAGGGCGAGGACUACCAGAGCAUUCAGGAGGCGCUUGAGAAGGCGGCGGUGGACCACGGGGCGGGGCUGCGCGAAGACAUGAGCACUGUGCUGCUCGGCGAGUACGCGGAUCGGUCCAUGCGUUUUGGCCUGGACCCCACUGUGGGGCAGCGGGAUGGGCUCGACCUCAUCAUGGCGUGCGUCAAGGCGCUGGAGGCUGACGUGGAGGCGCUGGAGGCUGACGUGGAGGCGGGGCACUGCCGCCUGCAGCAGCUGCCGAAGCACGAGGUGCCGAAGUCGUGCCUCGAUGUCGACUGCGUGCUGCUGUACCUGAAGGCGGCGUACGGCAUCGACCGCUCGCUGGUGGUGGUGAGCCCGGCGGCGGCGUCGGCGCUCCCCGGCUGCUGUCAUGUCGGGGGCGUGGCGGCGGCUGGCGGCGGCGGCGGGCUGACGGCGCAGCUGUACCUGAGCGAGCGCGGCCAGGCGGCGGUGGAGGCGGCGCUGCGCAGCGGCGCUCAGUGCGGCCUGGGCUCGGAGCAGGUGGCGGUGGUGUACUUUGCCGACGGCCAUGCGCAUGCCGUGGUGCUGGGCGGCGGGGUGCUGCGGCUGUCAGUGCCGUGCGUUGGCGCCGACGUCGACGUCGUGGCUGCGCUUACCCGGGCGGCCGUGGAGCUGCCGGCGCCGUGUGUGGCGACGGCGGCGGGUCCGGCAGGCGGCGGCGCGGCAGCUGCGGGGCCAGCGAUGAUGGAGCCGCCCGGCCCGGUGGCAAGGCAGCUCCGCAGUAAUGCCAGCGCACUGCUGCCCGCGAAGCGUAAGCACGACGGCACUGCCAUGCAGCCCACCGGCAAUGGUGGUGAGGACAACCCCACGCAGCCGGUCCCCGUCGGCGCUGCAGGCGCGGGCGGCUCAACCCCUGCUGCGGCGCCAGCGCUGCACGGCGCCACCUUGCUGCGCCUGCGCCUGUGCCUGCGCCUGUGCCUGUGCCUGCGCCUGCGCCUGUGCCUGCGCCUGCGCCUGUGCCUGCGCCUGCGCCUGUGCCUGCGCCUGCGCCUGCGCCUGUGCCUGCGCCUGCGCCUGUGCCUGCGCCUGCGCCUGUGCCUGCGCCUGCGCCUGCGCCUGUGCCUGUGCCUGCGCCUGCAGCUGCGCCUGCAGCUGCGCCUGUGCCUGCGCUUGCGCCUGUGCCUGGGCCUGCAGCUGCGCCUGCGCCCGCGUCCGCGCCUGCGCCUGCGCCUGUGCCUGCGCCUGUGCCUGUGCCUGUGCCUGCGCCUGCGCCUGCGCCCGCGCCCGCGCCUGCGCCCGCGCCCGCGCCUGCGCCUGCGCCUGCGCCUGCAGCUGCGCCUGCGCCCGCGCCGGCGCCUGCGCCUGCGCCUGUGCCUGCGCCUGCAGCUGCGCCUGUGCCUGCGCCUGUGCCUGCGCCUGCGCCUGCGCCUGCGCCUGUGCCUGUGCCUGCGCCUGCAGCUGCGCCUGCAGCUGCGCCUGUGCCUGCGCCUGCGCCUGUGCCUGGGCCUGCAGCUGCGCCUGCGCCCGCGUCCGCGCCUGCGCCUGCAGCUGCAGCUGCGCCUGUGCCUGCGCCUGCGCCUGUGCCUGCGCCUGCAGCUGCGCCUGCGCCUGCGCCUGCAGCUGCGCCUGCGCCUGUGCCUGCCUGUGCCUGCAGCUGCAGCGGCCACGACGCCCGCUCCCUCAGGCCACGUGUCCGCGCCGGCCCCAGCACUGAUGGCCGCACCCACGGCAUUGGAGGAGCAGCCCCAGCCUCUCGCCCAGCAGCACCAGCAGCAGGAGGAGGAGAGGGAGGAAAGGGAGGAAAGGGAGGUGGGACAGGAUGGCGCAUCUGCAGGGCAGCCGCAGGGGCAGGGGCAGGCGGAGGGGCAGGAGCAGGAGGUGGAGGAGGCGCACAAGGAGCAGCAGGCGCCACAGCCGCAGGAGGUGGAGGCACGGCAGCAGUCGGACAGCGCAGGGGACCUGCAGCAGCAGGUGGGCGAUGUGGUCAUGGAGGAGGCUGAGGCGCAGGCUGCGGAGGCGCAGGCGCAGUCGCUGCUGGCGCCGCCCGCGGAGCCACAGCCGCAGCCGCAACCACAGGGCCUUCCUGCUGGGCAGCCGGAACAAGGGGUGCAGCACAAGCAGGAACAGCAGGAGCAGCCACCUAUCCUGGCGCCGCAGCCACAGCCGCAGCCGCAGGGCCACCGCCACAGUCACGGAGCCCCAUGCGGGGUGCCGGACCAGGAGGUGAUUGUGAUUGGAGACAGCUCCGACGAGGGGGAGAAGGAGGAGGAGGAGAAGAAGGGCCAGGCCAAGGCGCCCCCGCCCAAGCAGAAGCAGCAGCGGCGCGUCUUGCACAGAAGGAAGAUGGCGAACGCACCAGCAGCAACCGCCGCGGCGGGUGGAACGUGCGGGAAGGUAGACGGCGGGGCAGCGGCGGGGGAGCCUGGUCCUAGCGGCGGUAGUGCGGCGCAGGUGGCGGCAGCGGCGGCGGCGGCAAUGGCUCAGGUGCAGCCGGCGGCGGCCGAUGCAGCCAAGACAGCCAAGGCGGAGGGCAAAUCCAAGGCCCAGGGCCAGGGCGAAGCAACGUGCCCUGAGCUCAACCCUGAGGACGCAGGCCCUGCGGCUGCUGCGGGUACCGCCGGUGCCAGUGGCGCCGCUCCGGCUGCAGGUGUCGGCGGUUCAGGUGCGGCUGCAGGUGUCGGCGGUUCAGGUGCCGGUGCAGGCGAAGCUGCUGCUGCAGGUGCCGUGCACGCUGGCAUGGGCGAGGGUGGAGAGGCAGCGGGCGGCUCACAGCUGCCAUCAGCACAGACACAGCAGGUGCCCGCAGCGGCCGCAGGGGGCCAGGCGAACAAGGGGGGCACCGGCAAGCGCGUCGCCGGGGCGGCUGGCUAUGGUGCUGACGGCGGCGGCGGCGAUAUCGGCGGUGGCGGCGGCCCGGAUGCACCGGUCCAGAAGCGGCUGCGCGUGGACAAGGGCGGUUGCGCAGGGCUGGGCGCGGCGGCAGCAGCAGCGCCCGGCAGCGCGGCUACGGGUAGCGGUGCUGGUGGCAGCGGUGCAGCGUCCGCACAGGCGAACCCGACUGGCACCGCGCCCGCGCCGAGAGCACGUGCUUCUGCUCCGCCUGCCACGCAGAAAUCGGCAGCUACGCAGAAGGCAGCUUCUACGAAAAAGGCGACAGCUACACCGAAGGCAGCUGUGGCCGCUGUGCCGUCAGCGCCGCGGCACACCGUGGAUUUGCCACCCGGCGGCGCACUUGCAGCGGCAAGGGCAGCGGCAGUGGCGGCGGCGGCACCAGCUCCAUGGCAGCCGCCAAAGCACACCAUCAGGUUGCCGCAGCCCGGCACCAGCACCGGCACUGCUGCUCCCCGCGGCGCCACGGGGCCGGUGGAGAGCUUUGCCGCGCGCUGCUCGCGGCAGACCUUCGGCAGCCGGGGUGCGCCCGGAGCCGCCGGCGGCACUGCGGCACGGGCGGCGGCACCGCCACCGGCAGUAGCGGCGGCGGCGGUAACAGCAAAGGCAGCAACGGCUGCUGCUGUUACUGCGUCGGCACGGCUGGCUCAGGCCGGCAGCAGCAGGAAUGGCGGCGGGCCCUGUAACGCCGGCGACAACGGCGCUGCGGAGGGUACUGGCAGCGGCGCUGGCGGGAGCGGAAGCGGUACACUGGCUGCAACCAUGGCCGCGGCGGCCGGCGGCGGCGCACCUCACAACAAUGACGACGCCAGCGGCACGACGGAGGAGGAGGCCGUCCACACGGAGGCGAAGGUGGCAGAACCGGAGCCCGAACCCGAGCCGGAGCCGGGUGUUGUUGCGACCACGGCAGUAGCAAGCGACCUGGAGGUAGAUGCCGCGGCCUUAGCUGCCGGCGCUGCAGCUGCGCCCUCUGCGCCCGCUACUGCCGCUGACGGCGUGUCCUCGCCGGCGUCGGGCCGGAGGUCUGGUGCCGCUGCGCCGGUAGGCGCCGCCAGGACGCCGCCAGCACCAGCACCAGCUCAGGCACAGGCACAAGCGGCGCCAGCGGCGCCAGCGGCCGCCGGCGCUGCUACCGGCACGCAGCGGCGGGAGACUGGGGAGACCGCAGGUGCGGGUGCGGCGGGGACCGGCGCUAGAACACAGGGUGGCGCCGGCAGCGCUGCUGCGGGCGGCCAUGCGGCUGCGGGCGGCGCCGCGGGGGCCGCUGGGGCGCUGCCUCCUGCCACGUCGCGCCCCAGGUCCUGGGCAGAGCUGGUCGCGCAGGUGGCCGCAGCGACACCGGGGGCAGGUGCGGAAGGCGCAGGUGCAGCGGCAGGGGCGGGUGUCAGGAGGGUAGUCAUCGACCUGGGCGGCGCGGUCCUGGAGGCGCCCGGCCCACGCAUGCCGUGGUCCGGGCCGCCGCCUCCGCCGCCAGUGCUGCACAUCAGGGCGCCCGCCCUGACGCUGCGCAACGGCGGCCUGCGCCUGCCGCCUGGUGGGCGGCUGCUGGUGGAGGCGGCGGGGGUGGCGUUCGAGGACCUGGCCAUCUGCGGCCCCGGCUACCAGCCAUUGCACGUCAAGUGCGAGGCGGGCCUUGUGGAAGUGUGCGCGGCGGGCAGCAGCAUUGGUAUGGACCGAUGCGAGUACCAAAUCCUGCAGAUGCCGCCGGCCCACGGAGCUGCUGGCGGCGGCGGCGGCGGUGGCGGCAGUGGUGGUGGUGCUGGCGGCAUGGGCAGAGGUGCUGGCGGCAAUGCCCGUGGCAGUGGUGGCGGCGGCACUGGUGCCGGCGCCAGUGGUGGGAGUGGUAGCGGUGGCCGUGCCGGCGCCGGCAGGGCAGGCAGUGCAAGCAAGGGGGGAGCCAGGGGGGGCAAGCAAGGCACGCUGCCGGCGGCUCUGGCGCCCCUGCCGCCGCCACUGCCCGGCAGCCGCGCGGCGUGCUCGUGUGUGCUGGUGCGUGGCGGCGCAGCCGCGGAGCUGCGGCAGUGCGUGUUCCAAGACGCGGGCCGUGACGGGCUGCUCGGUAGCGGCGCGGGCGUCAAGCUGGUGGCGGUGGAGUGCAGAGCAACCCGCUGCGCGUCGUCUGGAUUCGCGGUCACGGAGGGCGCGGCGGCGGAGGCGCGACGCUGCCUGGCCACAGGCAACAAGUACUUUGGCUUUUGCUCGGAGGACGCGGGCUCAGCCAUGAAGGUCCAGCCCGGCUGCAUCGCACGCGGCAAUGGCGUAGGCUUUGCAGCUAUCUGCGGCGGCUUCACUCGGGUCGGCAAGCAGCCGAAGCCGAAGCCGCAGUCGCAGCACGCCACCGCCACCAGCUCGGAUGGAGCCGGGCCCAGCAACGCCGCCGCCGCCACCGCCGCCACCGCCGCAGCCAACACCAGCAGUACUGCAGCUGCGGAGGCGGCGGCGCAGUCUGCUGCGCGCAUCGCGCAGUCAGCCUCCCGCUUGCUGCAGGACCGCUCGGUCGCCACGGACCGAGCCGCACAUGACGCGCAGUGGGCUAAGCUGCAGACGGCACUCGUCAAAGUGGGCGCCUGCCUUGCGCUGGACAACGCCGAGCACGGCUACGCGGCGUGCAGGAAGGGCUCGGUGCUGCUUGUGGGCACAGGCUGCAUCUCCCUGGCCAACGGCGAUGGCUUUGCGGCUGUGGAGGGCGGCAAGCUGGAGGCGGGCGGCGGCUGCCUCGCGCUGCGCUCCACAGGCCUGGCCGGGUUUGUGGCCAGCGGGCCGGGGUCGCGGCUGAUGGCGGGGCCAGGCUGCCGCGCGGAGGCGACGACGGAGGGGGCGGGCUACACAGCGAUUGGCGGCGGGAGAGUGGAGCUGGGCGACGACUGCAGAGCCCUGCGUAACAAGCGGCGAGGCUUUGAAGCCGAUCAGCAUAGGAGCUGUCUCACCGCGGGAUCCGGGUGCGUCGCGCAAGACAACGGCGCAGAGGGCUUUGUGGCGGAGCACCGCGGCUCCAUGCGCCUCGGUCCGGGGGCCGCCUCAGAGCGCAACGCCUCCGCCGGCUUUGAGGCACUGGGCGCCGGAGCCAGCCUGCGUGUGGGCGACGGCGCGCGCUCGGCGGGCAACAUGGACGGCUACUUGGCCCUUGAGGGCGGCGAGUUGAAGGCGGGUGCGGUGUGCGUGGCGGCUGACAACCGGCACAGUGGCUUCCGUGCGGAGGAUGCGGGCUCGCUCCUGGAGGCAGGGCCGCACUGCCGCGCUGACGGCAACGGCGAGUCCGGGUUCCUUGCUAUCGCCCGUGCGCGCCUGGACGCCGGCGAGCGCUGUUUGGCGGAGCGCAACAUGCAUGAGGGCUUUUGCGCGGCCGGCGCAACGCUUCAGCUGGGGGCCGGAUGCCGAGCUGUGGCCAACGAGCAAGACGGCUUUGCGGCUUCGAAGCAGGGGGGCAAGCCCGACUCUGAGGCAGGGGUACUCGACGCCUCCGCAGGCGGCUGCGUGGCAGAACGCAACGGCGGCGCGGGCUUCUGUUGCGAGGACGGCGGCUGCACCCUCACCGCCGGCCCGGGCAGUGCCGCGCGCGGCAACCGCGGGGCUGCGGGCUUCCUGGCAGAGGACGGUGGCGCGCUGCAGGUGGCGGAGGGCUGUGCUUCCCGCGCCAAUGCCGGCUGGGGUUACUUGGCGACCGGCAAGGCGUCGACCAUGCGGCUCGCGCAGGGCUGCCAGGAGGCCGCGGAGGCGCCAGGUGGGGAGGACCAGGAGGCGCCCAACAGGUUAGGGGCCGUCAAGGAGGAGAACGGCGGUAAGCUGCUGUAGAUUGCGUGUAGGUGGCAAUGUGGCAUUGUACCCCGCCUGGCUGUCGGGGUCUGAAGUUGUCGCCGGCACGUUAGGUUAUCGUACUGAGGGCUGGAGUUACGCAUACGGUACCGGUAUUUUAGAGAGACUGGCCGCAAUACUACAGGCCGUAGGCAGUUUGGUGCAAUGGAACGCAGUUUGGGACUCUGCGGGACUGAACCAGAGCCGUAGUGAGACGGAUUCCAUGUACCACCGAAUGCGCAUAACCCGCCCCCCAUGUGACGUUCGCUUAGGAGGAUGGGGCUGGGCAAGGGCAUCCUUACUGCGUUGAUAGUCAUUGUAUCAGUUGCUGGAGGGAAGUAUUGUACGAAGUUUGAUUGCUGCAGGUUGGGAACGUCAAUGUGGGGCUGUGCGCGCUCGAUAAUACAGUUGGAAAAUAGGAGGGGUUAUUCGUGCAGACGUUCGUUGGACCGUUGGUGCCACCGGUUGAUUGGGUAGGCACGGUUCUUGACGCGGGAGGCGGAAAGACAUCUGUCCGACAAGCCAGUGCGGACCGUUGCAGGGGGAGAGCGGUCUUGCUGUCCGGAGCAGAGAAGAGGGAGGUAGGGAUUUAUGCAUGACAAAUCAGGCCGUAAGCUGUCUAGGGCUCCUAGAGAUGUAAAGCGCCAAGUCGUGCCAUGGGCCGUGGAAGCUGCCGUGGGUUUUGUGCACACAGUGUUCACGUGCUGGAUGAGAUCGCACCAGUAUUAUUUCAACUUAAUGUUUAUAUGUCUGCAUGGCGACAAACCACCCGAGUUGGU